CUCAGGACGCCGUCGUUUUAGUGACUACUUUUUCAUUGGCCUCCCGGUUCCGCUGUGUCCAAGUAGUCUCGUGCUCAAGAAAAAAAAACAUUUCUGAAUACAGGUUGUCCAGUUACCCCUAGGGUUUCUCUGAGACCUCCGUACUGAAGCUUCAUAGCUUUUCAUUAAAGUGUUAUAAAGAGUUACUCGGUUGGGACUUGAUGAAUAUGAGGCCCAUCUUUUGCGGUAACAUUGAAUUUGAUGCGAAGCAGUCUGAUGUUGAGCGACUUUUCAGAAGAUAUGGCAGGGUUGAGAGGGUGGAUAUGAAGUCUGGAUUACUUGGAAUGUCCAUGCUCUUCUUCGAUGGAUGUGCUUCUCUGCAUUUCUUUUCUAGCAUGUGCCCAAGCUCAUCUUGUAUUUUUCCUGAAGAAUUAAUCUGAUCUGCCUUAGCCCUGCCAUCCUACACUACCUCAGAUACCAUUGCUUUUUCAUUCCUCAUGAUUUUUGCUCAGUGUUCAGUUUCCGACACGUUUCAACAUAGAAAUCAUGAUGAUUUUGCAGCCAGUGGCAGGAUUUGCUUUCGUCUAUAUGGAAGAUGAACGAGAUGCUGAGUAUGCAAUUCGGAGACUUGACAGGACAGAAUUUGGUCGAAAGGGCCGCCGACUUCGUGUUGAGUGGACCAAGCACGAGCGUGGCAUUAGAAGGCCUGGCGGUUCAAGAUCUUCAGCUAAUGUGCGACCAUCAAAAACCCUGUUUGUCAUUAAUUUUGAUCCAAGUUAUACCAGGACAAGGGAUCUGGAAAGGCACUUUGAUGAAUAUGGGAAAAUAUUGAACAUAAGGAUCAGAAGGAAUUUCGCGUUUGUUCAGUACGAAUCACAGGAGGAUGCUACCAGAGCGUUGGAGGCAACAAACAUGAGUAAGUUCAUGGAUCGAGUCAUUUCAGUGGAAUAUGCAGUUCGAGAUGACGACGAGAAAAGAAAUGGGCACAGUCCUGAUAGAAGAGGCCGAGACAUGUCUCCUGAUAGGAGAAGCUAUGAUCGUGGGCGAUCCCCAAGUCCAUUUCGUAGGGAUAGGGCUAGUCCAGACUACGGCCAUGGAAGUUCCAGACCUGAUGCAAGAGGAAGUCCCAAGUACGACAGAGUCAAGAGCCCCAUUAAUGGGAGAUAUGACAGCCGUUCGCCACCACCACGGGGAAGAUCCCGUUCCUGAACAGAAGAGAACGGCAGAUCCAGUCAAGUGGGAUUAUUAGCUCCUUGUGGUGCAGGCACCAGAUACAGACCACUGGUUACAUGUGGACACCGACACCAUUGGACAGUUCAGCCAAUGACUUGGAUUGAGAGCAGGGGGUUAUGUUAUUAUCUAUUUAAUGGUUCAUGUUAUUGGCUUUUAAGUCUUUGGGUUAUGUUAUUUUGAACUGUCUUAGUUCUUUUAGUGGGCUGUUGACCCAGGUGUGACUAGGGUUAAUUAGGGUUUACUUUCUUAAACCUUUUUUUAAUUAUUGGGAGACUUUUUGAUGAUAAGUUUCUGACAGUAGAGUCAUCUUUGUUUUCCUACUA